AUGGACAGUAUUCAGAAGUCACUGGAGAAACCUCAAAGCUUUUCUCAGGACAAUGCAACAGAGACGGGGAAGCUGCGGUCUAGGAUAGACGAACAGUCAGGUCUGAUCUGCGUGCUGAAACAGAGAGCAGACGAGGUGCUUCUUCGAUGUCUAGCCUUGCAAAAAAUCAAUACAGAGCUGGAGGGCGACGUAACAAACUACCAGAAAGAACUCAACAGUGAAAGAAAGAAAGCAGAGCUUAUAGAGAAGAGAUUUAUGGAUUUAGCUGCCAAUAAUCAAGCAAUUAUUGCUUUCAUGGACGAGUACAAAAAUCAAAAUGUCCAGUUAAAGCAGGAAAACAAACAACUGCAGUCAGAAAAUGAAACGCUUUUCUCCCAGAAAUUGCAAGAUAAAGAAGUGUUUGUUCAAAAACUGAUGCAAGAAAUCAAACAGCUGACAGAGAAAUGCACGAAUAAGGAAAAUGAAUAUCGGGAGACAUUAGAUGGAUACCAGUCAAAGCUGCUGGAACGAAUAACUCAGCACCAAGACAAGGAGGCAUCGCUACUUGAUCAACUGCAUGAUGCUCAGCAACAUCAAAGAGAUGCUGUAGAGAUGCGCAGCGAUCUUAAGCUGAAGCUACAAAAGGCUGAAGAAGAGCAUGCUUUGAAGGAAACCAUAACAAGCCUCACAAAAGAAACCAUAACAAGCCUCACAAAAGAAAAGGACAAAUUACUGUAUUUGUCUAUGGAAAGAGGGAAAAUAAUACAGGAGAAACAACAGGAAAUCCAGAAACUGGAGACAAAAUGGAAAGAAGAGAAAAGAGCCCGGGCCAAAGCAGAGUACAGGUUUGAACAGGAAGCAGAAGCUGUUAACGCAGAUGUUAAAGUGAAGUCUCUCCUGUCUGCUCUUGAUGAAUCCACGACAAAAUAUGGGAAGCAGAGAAAGGAUUAUGAAGCCUUCAAAGAACACAGCACCUACCUCCUUAAACAAGAAAGGGAGUUAAAUAAGAAGCUACGCCACAUGAUGGGCUAAACUUUAGCAUUACGUAGGUGUUCUUCCCAAUAUUUUCAUUAAAACAUAAUCAUUUUCACCAAGUCUGUUUGCUCACUGACUGUACCAACAAUAAAAAAAA